UCUUUUGGCAGUGAAAGGCUGGCUGGUAGUCUCUGUGCUGCUGAGAGAUUGCAUAAUGAGCGGCCCAUCCGCUUACUGCAGACUGCUGGGCUGUUGAAAGUGAGGUGUGGUGUUUUUAAACGUUACCAUGUUAACUGUGGCGUUAAGCAGCGUUUUGGCGGGACUGCUGGCUCUUGUUGUCUACCAGAGGGUGGCUCAUCCCUUCUUCUGGCUGGAUCUCAUGUAUUACUGGAAACUUCGGAGGUACGGGAAGAAGUUGGCGGCUCGUAUGCAGCGAGGAAUAAUCACAUAUCUCGACUGUUUUCUCUAUCAGGCGAGAAAGAAGCCGAACAAAGCCUUCAUCAUCUUCGGAGAGCAGACCCUGACGUACCGGGAUGUGGACCGGAGAAGUAGUCAGUUCGCGAGCGCGUUCAGGACGGUGGGCUCUGUGAAACAGGGAGACAUUGUUGCCCUGUUGAUGUCCAACGAGCCGGACUUCAUCUGCGUGUGGUUGGGACUGUGUAAACUGGGCUGUGAAGUGGCCUUUCUCAACGGGAACAUUAAAGCCAGGUCCCUGCUGCACUCCGUCCACAGCUGCGGGGCCGCGGCGCUGGUCGUCGGCGCAGAUUUGGUGCGUUUGGUGCAGGACGUGCUGCCUGAUCUGAAGCAGGACAACAUGGCGCUGUGGCUGGUGGAUCACACAGCACCGUCAGAGCAUUUCACCACUCUGCUGGAUAAGGUGGAACACAUGUCCGGAGAAACCUUAAGGGAUCUUCCUAAAGUUGACAUCAUGUCCAACUUUCUCUUCAUUUUUACUUCAGGCACCACAGGUCUCUCCAAAGCAGCUCGGGUGGGUCAUCUAAAAGCCAUCAUGAGUAUGACCUUCUUUCAAAUGUGUGGAGCCACAUCUGAUGACAUCAUCUACAUCACUCUUCCUCUCUACCACAUGUCUGCUUCCCUGUUAGGGAUCGGGGGAUGCAUACACCUUGGCGCAACGUGUGUGUUAAAAAAGAAGUUUUCUGCCAGUCAGUUUUGGACGGACUGUGUGAAACACAAUGUGACGGUGGUGCAGUACAUAGGAGAGCUCUGCCGAUACCUGUGCAACCAUCCCACGGUUCCAGAGGAGAGAGCUCACCGUGUCCGGCUGGCAGCAGGAAGCGGGCUCAGGUCAGAUGUUUGGAAGGAGUUUGCCAAACGCUUUGGGAAGAUCCAGAUCAGAGAGGGUUACGGCUUGACCGAGGCCAGCGUCGGCUUCCUCAACUACACCGAUGAGGUCGGACCAAUCGGGAGGGCCAGCUAUUUCAACAAGCUUUCUAUGCCCUUUGAGCUCCUGAGAUAUGAGCCACAAACAUUCGAGCCAGUCCGAACAGACUCUGGAAGAUGCAUACGAGCACAAAUCGGAGAGGCAGGGAUCCUGGUCGCUCCUCUGACAGCUAUGAACCAGUUCCUGGGCUACGCUGGGAACCAGGUCCAGUCUGAGAAGAAGCUGCUCCGGGACGUCUUUAAAGCUGGGGAUGUCUACUUCAACACUGGAGACCUCCUGCUGCACGAUCACAGGGACUUCCUUCACUUCCGUGACCGCAUCGGAGACACCUUCAGGUGGAAAGGAGAGAAUGUGUCCACCACAGAGGUGUUGGAGGUUUUCGGUCUUCUUGAUUUUAUCCAGGAGGCCAACAUCUACGGAGUCACCAUACCAGGAUAUGAAGGUCGCGCAGGCAUGGCUGCUGUUGUCUUGAAACAGGAUCACAAAUUAAAUGGAAAAAAACUCUACAACCAUUUAGUAGAAACCCUUCCUGCAUACGCUUGGCCGUGGUUUCUCAGAAUACAGACCUCUCUGGAUGUGACUGAGACCUUCAAGCAGCAGAAGGGGAAGCUGGUCCAGGAGGGUUUUAACCCAGAUGUCACCCAGGAUCCUCUGUAUUUCUUAGAUGUCUCUCAGAAGGACUAUGUUCUCCUGACUGUACGUCUGUAUCAUGACAUUGUGUCUGGAAAGAUCAAAUUAUAAACAUGUUGGGACUCAUUGAUGCAGGAGUACAGCGAAAGAUAAGCCACAUUUCCAUUUGACUGUACUUAAAACCCUGCCUCCUAACCCCUUUAAACAAAGCUCUAUCAACCAUUUUCACAGUUUGCAUCAUGGAUGUAUAAUAUUAACUGAAAUUGAGCCUGUUGAGUUCAAUGGAGUUGCUCUCUUGGCGCAAACUCCCCAAAAGUUUAUAAGCGUCCCGGUUUACUUUUGUGACAUGCGACCCACUGAAUCUGCGCAGUAGUAUUUCUCCUGCUGACCCACAGACUUUACAUUGUGCUGAUGUCACAUGUUUUUAAUUUAAAUCACUUUUUAUAUUUGAAGGUUAUCAAAUAUAAAAAGUCUAUGGAUUAAAGAACUUCAUAGCAUAGAACGAGUCAUUGCCGCCUGUUUACUGUUUGAGAUGUCCUGGCAGUAGUUCUACAGACACUCUUUUACAAUGGUGAGCUACAGUAUAGGGGGAAAUCUUUUCUGGCCGCAGCGGGAUUUUUCCAUGCAAUACAGCGAGUGGCCACUGGAAAGAAUUUGGCUGCAAGGCUGAGUUCCCUUCCUGGGAACCUGGUUUGAAUAUGCUGAACGGGCUUUAAGCAUCCGCUCUUCAGAAAUGGUGAAGACAAGUGACUGCUUAACUGUUUUUAUUUAUUAUUGGACUUAGCACUACCAGCACAUAUUUCACAUUUAAGAGCAAUGUGCUAUAGUUUAGUUUAGUGUAAAACUUUAUACCAGGGUUUCCGCAGGGUCUUUUAUAUAGUCUAAAAAAGUCUAAAAUUUCCAAAUCAAAAUGGUAGGCCCUAAGAAGUCUUGAAGUAUUGUGUUCUAGGUCCUAAAUCAUUUUUAACAGAUCUUAAUUUUCCUACGUCAAUGCAACGCUACCUCUA